AUGGUUAGAGUGAUUGUUACUUUCGUAGAGACAGGCGCCGAGGAAUUAGGUACUUUCUUCUUCUGCCAUUCCGAAAACACGAUAUGGUCAAAACACGAUAGCCAGGUCAAAGAACAUUUUAAAAAUGAAUUAAUUGAAGUAACUCAAACAUUAGAAGAUCAUCAAGCACAAAUUGAUGAUAUAACAAUGCGUCAUAAUGAUUUGGAACAAUAUGAUCGUCGAUUAAACA